AGGGCAUCACCAUCAGUCAGUUCAAGCCAAAAUAGUGUGGCGAUUGGGAAGUGGGAAAAGGGCCUUCUUGUUCAAUCGGUGAGCUGAACACUUCAAUCUGGACGCGAAAUCCCAUGAUUGAGUUGGAUCUUGACGAAUUCCACUUGUUCAUGGAAGUGUGGAUCGGGGUGAAGUGUCUUAGGUGAAAGGCCUUAGCAGAGUGAUUCGCUUUCUUUUAGUAUAUAUUGGGAGAAAGCGGCGAAAGGAACACACAAACCUCUGAAGAUGAAGAAAGGCUAGAGAAGUGAUUCUCCUUCUUCUACUACUACUACUACUAGUACUAGGUUCAUUCCCUCCUUCCGCCCUCCCUGAAUCAGCAUUUGGGGGCUUCGGCUUCUUUCCGUUCGCUCGAUUGUUCUUCCUCCACGUUUGAAGAGCUGGAACCCCGAGGAAAGAACGCAAGAACGCAAGAAGGGAGAGGGCGCAAGGCACACGGAUCCUGGAUUGCGGAGGGUGGUGUGCCGUUUGGUGGGGUAAAAUCUUGCACAAGGAGCGUGAGGGGGGGGUGAACAACAGCAAGCAAGAUUCCUUAUCUAUGUACACUCGCCUAUUAUCCUGGAUCAUUCCUUGUCUUCCGGCUGCAUACGUCUGUGACUCCAUGGACACGACUGCUAUAAAAUCCGUGGCAUUUGGAAGAAAAGACAGAGAGAGAGAGAGGGUGCAUUUUUAAUUGCCAGGAAUUGAGUUCUUACUGACUCGACGGAGCGAUCAAUGUUACAAACACACACACACAAGCACAUAUGAUUUAUGAACUAAAUCUAGUCAAGAAACACACAAUUGGGGACCUCCCAUAAACUAUUCGUAUUCGAUGGCCUAUGAAGCCAUCUCCAACGGACAGUUCCAGAGUACAAUUAACCUGAGUGACGAGUUCACCUCCAGGCACCAUUUGGACGGCAACAAUUUGGUUGUCCUCUCUUCGGCCAAUAAUAACGGCAGUGUGGUCCUAUCCCACUCUGCCGUGCCUACGCAAUCCACCAUUUUCACCUCCACCGGUAUCCCGGUGUCGGUGGUAUCUGCGGCCAGUAUGGCCCCAAUUAGCACAGUCAUUGUCUCCUCGAGCGAUGGGUCCAUCCCAUCCACAAUGGACCCUCACCACCAUCAAACGGUGUCCACCUCCUUACCUUUAUCUACAGUAACCGUAGAUUUACCUUCAGGGCAAGGCCACAUGCCGGGUACAGCCACAGGGGACGAGAACGGAGGUGUCUUGCUCUGUAACAUUGACGAGUUAUCAAGGUACAUCCCGGAAAACUUCUACGCUGAUUUCAGCCUAUCAGAUACCAACAAUUUGGAAGCUACCACAGUUGCGUCAGCAGCGCCACCUCCCAUUCAGGCGCCUCCGGCGACGGCGAAAUUUAGCUCGACCCCCAUAAUAUCUUUGUCUAAUGGAACCAUUCUACAGGCUGCAUCACCAAUGACCACGCUACCCUUGAGCAUUUCCUCGCUCACACAACCUCUCAAUAUCGCUCAAGGCAUAACCACAUUUUCCGGCGGUCAUCAGAUCAACAACCCCCCUCAAAUGGGCAUACCCACAGUCAUUCAACUCCCUACUCAACCCCAGCCACCUCAAGCUGUAAAGUCUAUGACCUACGUGCAAACCAAUCGACCCCAACAAACGCAGAUACCUAUCAAUACAGCCAGUCUGCAACCGGUGAAGUUAACGACCACGGGAUAUGCCUUGACCCCUUCAGGAGAGAGAAUCACAAUCCAUGGGUUGGAUCCAGCCACCCUCAACAAAGGCCAGCCUAUGCAGAUCCAGUUCAAACAAGGUGGCUUGCCACAAACCAUUCAAUUGGGCGGGCUCAAUAUUGAUACCUCUAAACUCACUGUGCUCCAAGAAUUACCUGAGAAUAGUAAGGUGAUCAUUCAAGAGCCCAAUAAGAUUCACAAUGAUUCGAUCUCGAACAUCUUGGAGGAAAUGCGAACGGAUGACUCCAAUGCUAAUAUUCUCCAACAAGCAGGCGUCGAAUUGGCCACCGCCAUCCCCGUUGCCGUCACAAAUCUGCACUCAAAAGACCAGCAGAAGUCUUUCAAACUCAAGGGGCCCCCUUCAACCAUCAUGCUCCCCUCGGGCAAGAAAGGUCCUCGUAACAUAAUCUUUGCCGGAAACAAUCUACCCCCCGGUGCCAUACCCAUUCAGAUCAACGGCUUGAACCAGCUGAACGCCUUACCCAUGUCGGCUGUGAAGAGUAUUCCAAUGCCCCUCAAUCUGAACACACUCACUCAGGCGAGUGCCCCGGUAUUAACCACAGUGAAUUCGGGUCCACAGAUGGUCGCUGCCAAAAAGACCAAAGUGGAGGCUGUGCCCAUGACCAGACCGCUCACCACCGCCAACUCGAACUUAGUCAAUGCCUCAAAAGUCAACAACAAUAUUCCCAAAGCUACCAUGGUGGGGGCUGCCAAACCCAAUGUGGGGACGAGUCCCGGAUCCCGACAAGUGGGGAACAACAAAACGUGCAAUUGGGUAUUCGAGAACGGCGAGACAUGCGGGAAGACCUUCAGUAAAUCCUACAACCUCGUGGUGCACAUGCGCAUGCACGAGGAUGUGAGGCCCUUUCAGUGUAGUAUGUGCGACCAGACCUUUCGACAGAAAGCUCACCUUCAACGGCACGAAACCACCCAUGGGAUUGGAUCCAAGGCCAAUCGCAAUUCGAGUGGCUCACCGCGAAAACGCCGAAAAUCGCGGAAUUCUGUGGGUGCCAGUCAGAGUCCUGGGGACGGGAGCGUGACCAAUUCUCAACUUCAAGCUCGAUUGUCGCACGUGGACGAUCAAUUUGGCAAGAAGAAAGACGACACCUACCUUCAAACCAUAUCGAGCCAAUCCAUCAUUGGAGGGGUCAAGCGAAAAUACUCAAACAAUGCCGAGCUGGAAGAGGCAAUACGGACAGUCAUAAACGACGAUGGCCAAGACACCAUCACCGAGAUUAUCGAGCUCAAAGAUGGCACGGCGGCCCUCCUGACGGCCGAUGGUCGGCAGAAAGUCCGCCGAAUAGCAAUCAAGAUGGAUGAAAACGGACGCUCCAUCAUCACACCCCUGGACGACGACGAUGACGAUUCCAUGGGUCACAUUGUUGGGGACACGUUCACCAUUCAGAACGAGCACGAUCUCCGCGACGAGGACAUUAUUGAAAACGUGAGUAUCGGAGACUCCGCCACCGUGGUCACCACAGCCUCUCCCAUCAUGGUGAACUCCGGGUCCCGGAGCAUAUCGGAAACUGGGGUUGGCGUCGAGGGUGACGAUGAGGGCGAGGGCAAGCAAAUCAUAAUGAACUUUAGUGACCACAACCCCGCCCUCCAGAGAGAGAUCCUCAACGCCAUGUUGGCGGAUGAAGGCUCUGCGCCCAUUGUCACCGAUGGUAUUACGGGAGCCACCAUGGUGGUGGUCACCUCGGCCGCCGACAUUCAAGGAUCUCUGGAACUCAAGACAGAGGAGGUCCAUAUGGAGGAGAGCCAUCAUCACCUCCAUGACCACCACCCCGACCAAGAACCUGGAAGCGGCCAUGAUGGUCGCUUGGGUGCUGCCGGAUCCCCCGGCUCGAAUGAGAACGUUCAGGUGGAGUCUCAGCCGGAGUUCCCGCCGGUGACUGUGCAAGAAUUCACCUCCACCUCCAGUGACUAGGCCUUCAACUCAGGACCCCUCCCACCCUAACAUCCCAAUCCAUCUCCUCCCCAUUGACAUGUUCGACAUAAACUCUACUAUGAUACAGGCUGUCUCACUCAGACUGGCCUUUCCUCCCCGUCUACUUUAUUUAGUAUGUCCGUGUAUACAGCUGCAAGCAACCUUCGAGUCAGCCCCUGUGCAAUUCUAUGGCUUUAAAACAACAAACCUAAACGACAACCAACCCAUCUAGUUCAAAUAUUAGUGUACCCAACAUGUUGGAACCAUCUAGUCAAGCAAGCGCCAACCGUUGGAACUGCCCCUGUACCAAAAAAAAAACGAGAACUACCACACCAAAAGUGAUUUCUUCAACCUUUUCCCUCUCUUUCUUAACCUGUUCCUCCUGUAUUGAAGUUGUGAAUGUAAUUAGCCCAAUGAAUUCCAUUUGAGUGUGUUGUUGUAUCCUUGAGUAGUCCAUUUGACAAUUAGGUGUAAAUUCUGGAACGAAACAAAAGCAAAUUCUCUCGUCUACGUAUAGAAAGUUAGAAGAAUACUUUUUGAGUGCCCCUUUGUACGAUGAACCUUCGAUUUACAAAUUAGUUUUUCUUCUUAUUACGAAACCGAAAUACAGAUUGAUGUUAAACUUC